AUGCAGGGUCAGAGCACUCCCAGUCCCCUUCCCUCAGGGGCCUCUGCAGCCCCCGUGGCCGUGCAGGCGGCGGUGGUGGCGGCGGCGGGGGGGGGGCCCCAGGGGGCCCCUCGCAUACACCUGGGGGCCCCGGAAUACCCGGGGGACCUGGAGGACCUGGGGGGCCCCCAGGGGGACUCAAGGGAGAGGCUGUUGCAGCGCCAGCCACUGCACACGGGCCCCCCCCGGGGCUGGGCCCAGAGGACGCAGAAGAAGGGGUACCCGAGUACAUUAAGAAAGACAGAUCUGAUGAAGCACUUAAGAGAAUAA